CUUGCUCUUUGCAGCAGGAGGGAACAAUCGGGCGUCAGCAGAGGAACCCCUCGCAGUCCCUGAGAGUUCAGUCUGCUGUCCGACAGAAUCUCCCUGACAGCCACCCCGUGGGGUCAGGUCUCCUGAGGGUGAAGGUGCAGAGGAAGUCCCAGGGUGCCCGUGCGUCUCUGCUCUCAGGGUGACCAGGACGGGACCUUUGGGAGACCCAGAAGACUUUCUGAGGAAGGUGACGCAGGACGGCUGUUCUCAGUGAAGGACCUUGCAGUCGCUACUGAGUACGACCAUGGGCCUGCUCGCCUGGCUGAAGACCCAGUUCGUCGUGCACGUCCUCAUCGGGUUCGUCUUUGUGGUGAGCGGGCUGAUCAUCAACUUUAUCCAGCUGUGCACACUCGUCCUCUGGCCCGUGAACAAGCAGCUCUACCGCCGGCUGAACUGUCGCCUCGCCUACUCGCUCUGGAGCCAGCUGGUCAUGCUGCUGGAGUGGUGGUCCUGCACCGACUGCACGCUCUUCACCGACCAGGCCACCAUGGAGCGCUUCGGGAAGGAGCACGUGGUCAUCAUCCUGAAUCACAACUAUGAGAUCGACUUCCUCUGUGGGUGGACCAUGUGCGAGCGGUUCGGUGUGCUGGGGAGCUCCAAGGUGCUGGCCAAGAGGGAGCUACUGUACGUGCCGCUCAUUGGCUGGACGUGGUACUUCCUGGAGAUCGUGUUCUGCAAGCGCAAGUGGGAGGAGGAUCGGGACCUGGUGAUCGGGGGGCUGCGGCGCCUGGCCGACUACCCUGAGUACAUGUGGUUUCUCCUGUACUGUGAGGGCACGCGCUUCACGGAGAAGAAGCACCGCGUCAGCAUGGAGGUGGCUGUCUCCAAGGGGCUGCCCGUCCUCAAGUACCACCUGCUGCCCCGCACCAAGGGCUUCACCACCGCAGUGCAGUGCCUGCGUGGGACAGUUGCAGCCGUGUACGACGUCACGCUGAAUUUCCGGGGGAACAAGAACCCGUCUUUGCUGGGGAUCCUCUACGGAAAGAAGUAUGAGGCGGACAUGUGUGUGAGGAGAUUUCCUCUGGAAGAGAUCCCACUGGAUGAAAAGGGAGCAGCUCAAUGGCUUCAUAAACUGUACCAGGAGAAGGACGCCUUGCAGGAGAUGUAUAACCAGGAAGGCGUGUUCCCAGGGGAGCAGUUCAAACCGGCCCGAAGGCCCUGGACGCUCCUGAACUUCCUGUUCUGGGCCACCGUCCUGCUGUCGCCUCUGUUCAGCUUCGCCUUGGGCGUCUUUGCGAGUGGCUCUCCCCUCCUGAUCCUGACGUUCCUGGGCUUUGUCGGGGCAGUCUGCAUAGAUUUUCCCCAGGGGAAGUUAAGGACCUCGGGCACUUCCUGGCCUGUGGGGUUGUCACCUGCACUGGCAGCUCCUGUGCGCUUUGCAAGCCUCUCCUUUUCAUGCCCGUUGCCUAUGGAGGGGACGUGGACGAGGAGCGCCACCAUCUGGCGAAAGCCAGGGAGCAAAUCAGUUGGUGCAAAAAGCGUGCGAAAUGACUGCCUCAAAAUGGGUAUAAAAGCCAUCAAGGACAGACGGGUUUCCACAUAGGCAUGUGUGCGUCACCAAGUAUUCUUUUGUAAAAAAUUCAUUCUGUGGAGAAAACUAAGGACCCCUUUCUCUUAUCAAGAAAAGAACUCUUGUUAGAACCAAGAGCUAUUCAGGGUCUCAUUUGUCUGUCUGCGGAAAAUAAAUGAAGCUCAAAGAA